UGUUUUCAAGUGACGUCACAUCCGCGGAGAGAAAUGGCGGAUUCUCGUUUGGGUCUGGCCUCACAAUCCACCAUGCAGCCUGACAGACACAAGGAGGGUGGUGAAGGUAACCCGGGCAAGGAGGGAGACAUGUCACCCGUAGUCCCCCCUGUCUCCUCAUCUGCCUCCUCUGUCUCCACCACCACAUCCUCUUCCUCCUCUUCCUCCUCCUCCUCCUCCUCCUCUGCCUGUGCCACUACUACUGCCACCACCACCAGCAAAUCCUCCACUUCCUCCUCCUCCCCAUCCUUUUCCUCCUCAACAUUCAGUACAAGCAGAGGAUCCCAUUUGAGUGAUGUGAGUAGCAACAGCAGCACCAUUGACAGCAGUACUGUGAGCAGCCACAGCAGGGUGUCAUCAGCAAUAGGUGGAUCAAGUGGUGGUGUGGCUGCCAGCCUAUCCAGCCCAGGCAUGGGGAACCCCUUUGCCCGAGCCACACUCCAAGGCACUUGGGGCUCCACGGAAUCGUGUGAGCAGCGUCCCAUCCUGGCCCCGUCCAGGCUCUCCUCCCAAACAGACUCAGGCCCCAAAGGCACCUCCAGCGGGAUACUGCGACCCCCCUCACUGGGAGCCACUGGGAGGAUUGCAGGUCCUGUCAGGCCAGCAGCUGGUGGCCCCUUCUUCCCCACCCCAACCCUCACAGUCACAGGCUCGUCCCCACCACAGACCGCCAAGUCUGAAUUUAAGCUGAAGCCAUCAGUGCUUGGUCCUCCAAAUCCUUUUGCAAAAUCUGUGCCUGAAAGCCCAGGGGAGAAAGCUGAGACUGUAAAGGAAUCCAGCACCAAAGUGUUGGACAGCAGCACCAAGCAGGAAGAAGCCACACCUACAGUCACCAGCAGCCAGUGCCAAGUGUCAUCUUCAACCCCACAAGUUACCACCACACCCUCCAGGGAGGAGGCUCAAGGAGCAAGGGCAGCCACACCUGCCAAGGACACCAAGACCCCCACAAGGACCACAGAGAAUGCUAGCAGUAACAGCAGUAAUAGCAACAGCACUGGCAACAACAGCAUCUCCAACUCCACCAGUAGCUCCAGAAACAUGUUCCUGCCGUUGUCCCGCUCUGACAAUGGUGACAGCACCUCCAGCCCCACCCUUGGCAACAGCAGUUUCAUCUUUGGCCAGAAUUUACACUCAAAAGUGUCUAGUGGCGGUGGGGUGACCAGCAGUGGGGGAGGUGGUGGUGGUGGUAGUGGUGGCUGGGGCCUGGCGACGGAUGCAACGGCUCCCACCACCAAUGGGGAGAAGCCCACCGGCAACCUGUUCUCCGAGGCGGCCUCCGAGGUCUCCAGGGUCAGUAAUUACCGGUCCGAGGGUGCAUCAGGCGGGGGGGUGGCCGCAGCGAUGGCGACGGGGGCAGCGGCAGCAGCAGCAGCAGCCACCACCAACGGCCAGCCACACACGGGGAACCUCUUCUCGGACGCUGCCUCGGAAAUUUCUAGGCCGGGGGAGGAGCAGCAAGCAUGGGGCAGCGGACAGCAGUCUCUGGCGGAGUCUUCACGCGAGCUGACGGAAAAGGAGAAGAACCAGAAGCGGAAGUUUGACGAGGUGGAAGUGAUCACCGGAGAGGAGAAUGAGUCCAAUGUUCUACAGAUGAAUUGCAAGUUGUAUGCAUGGGUGAGUGGCUGGUGGCAGGAGCGAGGGCGAGGCAUCCUGCGACUCAACGACUGGGACGCGGGAGGCCAGCAGAGUGGGAUGGAAGCGGCAGGUGGCGGUGGGGGUGGGAAGGAGAUCCGCUCCCGCCUGGUGAUUCGUACGCAGGGCACACUCACCGUCAUGCUCAACACUAAGGUUUGGGCCGAGAUGUCCGUGGAGAGAGCCAGCAACAAAAGUGUUCGAUUUACCGCACUGGAUGCAGAUGGACAACCCAAAAUCUUCCUAGCUAUGGGGAGUCCUAAGGAUGUGGACCUGUUGCACAACUCACUAGAGUGGCGUGUGGCAGCCUCUCGUGCCCACACACACGAGGAGGCUGCAUCUGAGGGUACUAAGAGGGCCAAGACAGAGGGCAAGACAUCCCCGGCUGUACCCUUGUAGAGUGUUGGCUGCUGCCUGGCCAAGCUGGGAAAUGUGGAGAAGAGGACAGACUUCCUUGAACAAGUAACAAGAGAUCACAGAAGACCAGUGUGUGUUGUGAUUCUAAACUUUACGUGCAAAGUUGCUUGCACCCUUGCAGGAAAACACACGUGUACAUGAGGACAUAAAACACACACACUCACUCAUAUUUUCAUGCAUAUUUCAUCUCUUGUCCGAUGAACUCAUAAGUUUUAUGUUAAUUUCCACAUACCUGUAUUUAAGUGUUGGCCUGAAGACAAAUGCUUUGUGUGUCAUGGGCUCAAGGGGAAGGAGGCCACCCCCAGCCUUUCCCCAGCACUCCCCACUGAGGGCUGUCUGAAGGCUACACAUGCAUAUGAAUAUCAAGAUUACAGACCAGUUAGUCACUUUAUGGGUCUUUAAUUUUUAUUCUACUCAAUAACUCUGUAUAAAGAAAGAAUGUCUGGGAUACCGUGUGCGGCGUGUGUAAGGAAAUGUUAUUACCAAGCAUCUUCAGGAUGACGGCAAAUAUUUUUCUAAGCAAAUCUCUCUCUUCCUCACACACACACACACACACACACACACACACACACACACACACACACACACACACAUAUAAAUGAGGGCUACAACAAAAUGUGAGGAGUUAGAUUUGCAGAAUAAUAUUUUAAACAGGACCACUGCAUUCAAAUAACAUAUUUUGGAAAUAAAAUAAAAAAUAAUAAAUGUGCAAAAGAAGCAGAGAGAAAGUUAAGAAAGCAACAGGUGAGAAUGACAAUAGAGUGGCAGUACAGGGUAUCCUUAUUCCUAAAAACAAACAAACUAAUGAAUAGUUUUGGAAAGACCUGCUGAAUACUGUAUUUAUGCCCAGUACUCUGGAUGAAGUUGCAGCAUCCGUCAUACAAUCAAAAUACACAUGCAGGAUCAUCAGUGACUUCUUGUUGGAAGAAGCAGAAGCAAUUUUGAGAAAGUACAAAGAGUGGAAACAAAUCAUACCAAAGUUUUAAAAAGUUCAAUACAAAGAAAGAUUAGAAAUGAAUAGAUAGAGGUGGAGAGAGAUAUUCAGUUAUGAUUUUUUGAGUUAAUAAGUAACUGGAAGUUUCGGAUAGAUAUCUCCCAAUGAAGGUCAGUAGGAAAGCAAGGAGAGGAAUACAAAUAGCUGCAAAUAUGCAGCAAGGGUGUAAACAGGUUGAACUGUCGUAUUAGAAGUCUUGACGGUGGAAAUUGUUUGGUAAGAGAAAUAACGGGAGCUUAAAGAUGUGUGCGAUAGAAGCAGAAAAUAAGGCAGAACAGCAUGCUUACCUCAAAUGAUGUAUGCUACAACCAGGUAGAUAUAACCAGGAAUACACACACAUUGACACACACAUGCACAUAUACAUUUACACACCACUCUUUGAUGCAGUGGAUAACAACCUUGCCUGUUGCUUGGCAGGCUGAGUUUUUUGCUUUGCUCAGGCCACAAAGAGGUUUUUCAUUGACAGGAGCAGUUGCUAUCCCUCUUUAAGCAAGGGGGAUUGGGUGUGUGAGGUUCCACCAAUCCCCGUAGAUCAAGCUGUGAGCUCCAAGCUUUUUAUGGGAGGGUACUGGCUGGCCAUCAUGAGCCCAGCAUGUGAUCAGACCUAGGGUGAACUACACACAUACAUCUGUGUAUAUGCAGUCUGCACUUUAUUUAUUUUUUAAGGGACCCAGAGUACACUCAUUUCUCUUGGAAAAUUACCUUAUCACAGUACUGCUCAAGCCCUGUCAAGAAGAGUGAGAGUAAACACAAACUUGUGGAAGGAUGUGUUGCUUGGGAGCUGGAGACCGAGUUGUGGCUGGUACAGCUUUGUGAAGGUGUGGUGCUGAAGUACCUUGUGGUUGGUGCCACCGACCAUCCCCAGCCUUGCUGAUCAUUUACCUUUAUUCACCUCAGCCUAUCACCCUGAACACAAGCUCAUCUUUUCCUGCGACAUGCUUGACCGUACACUGAUAAAGUACGCUGAUGUAAUAUAAAAACAUUCAGCAUCCUGGACGUGAUGAUGGAGAUUGAUGUGUGUUUUCAGUUGCUGUUUGGCAGAAGCAUGCAAACCAAGUGAGUUGAAUGUUGACUGCUGCAGUUAUUCCCAUUAAGAGGCCAUAUUCACUAACAUGUACUUUAGUGGUCUGGUUGGUUAUUGCACAACUGAUUGCUUCCUUCUGCUGCUGACAGUUUCUCCUGCAUAUAAUUAUUAUUAUGCACAUUGCUUUGCAUCAUGUUUUUCCUUUGUGUAAGGACUCGCUUAGCCUCUCAUAGCCCAUCACUAACCACUAGUCCUUCCAUUAAUGUUGAGAGGGAUAUCAUAAAAAAUCAUUUGCAUAUCAUUGAUAAAUGUGUUCUCUACAAACUAGUUUGGGGGUCUUCCUUUCGCAUAAUGUAAGAUAAAACACUAAAUGCAGAGUGUGUUGGAGCUAAGCAUGAAGUUAAUAUGUACAUGAUACAGAAGCCCAGGCAUCACAUGUGACAUGUGAAGGGCACACAGCAUAUCCACACCCCGUCUAUGCAGCAAACAAAUUGUGAUGGACCCGGUGAUGGUGUAAAAUAUAUAUAUAUAUAUAUAUAUAUAUAUAUAUAUAUAUAUAUAUAUAUAUAUAUAUAUAUAUAUAUAUAUAUAUAUAUAUAUAUAUAUAUAUAUAUAUACUUGUGUGUAUGUCUGUGUGUGUACUUAAGUAUCUAUGGUUGCAUUUUAAAAGGAACCUUUUCAAAGUGUGUGUGUGUGUGUGUGUGUGUGUGUGUGUGUGUGUGUGUGUGUACCAUAAGAGAGUAGAAACCUCAAUGCUGAACAUAAUGCAUGCUGAAUGCUGUUUAUAUUCACGAGACACAAUCAAGUGUUGGAUGCUGGGUUGGGAAAACUCACACUGUACAGUUUGCUCAGAGUAACGGAGCGGCAGUGCUGGGACACUGUACAAAGUGGGCAUGGCUGUGCCCAAACCUGGAACUAGGAGACAGCCACUUAAGUCUGGACCAAGUGACUAUUAAUUCAUUGCUGGAAAAUAAUGGGCCCAUUGUUUGGUCAUAUUGACCUUGGAAACAGGAUUACAUAUGUGCAAAGAAUAAAGGCAAUUUUCACAAUA